GGAUGAUGUCGAAUUCGAUGAGGAACACACAAAAGAAGUGCUACGAAAAAUCGAAGUCAAUUCAACCACUUAUAUUGUAGCUAUGUACGAGGAAGAAGCGAGUAAAUUCUGGAGUCGGUUUUAUGAUCAGCACAAAGACAUGUUUUUCAAGGACCGAAAUUGGCUCGCCAUCGAGUUUCCCGAGCUCUUCUAUGGUAAUUAUCACUUCUGUGCGGAGUCAGCAAUCGAGACAACCACUGUUCUAGAGGUUGGUUGUGGAGUUGGAAAUACGGUAUUUCCAUUAUUGGACAGCACCGGAUCCAAACUUUUCGUGUAUUGCUGUGAUUUUGCCGAAAACGCGGUGAACCUCGUUAAGAGCAAUGUAUCGUACGAUGAAAACCGUUGCCACUCGUUCGUCUGUGACGUGACCAACUUACCCCUACAGAUGCCUUUCGAACAGAACUCGCUCGAUUUCAUUCUGCUGAUAUUCACGCUGUCAGCAAUUUGCCCUUCAAAGAUGGAAGCGACGUUGUCGGCCCUUGUAGAAUAUCUUAAACCAGGCGGCCUGCUUCUGUUCCGAGAUUACGGACGCUACGAUCUGUCACAAGUUAGAUUCAAAAGUGGGCAAUGCAUCGAACAAAAUUUUUACGUACGGGGUGACGGCACUCGAGUUUACUUUUUCACACAAGGUAAGUUUGUUUGAUU